AUGGGUGUCUUGACUUUGGCCAAGUCCCUAGUCCUCAUCAAUGGGUCCCCGACGUAUGAAUUUCAUUUUCAACGGGAGGUUAGGCAAGGGGACCCGCUUUCUCUUUUUCUCUUCAUAAUGGGUAUGGAGGCGCUCUCUAGUAUGUUAAAAAAGGCGGAGGAGGUGGAAUUAUUCAAAGGCUUCAAAUGUCCUAAAAAUGGCCCAACCUUGUCUCAUCUUUUCUUUCCGGACGAUGCUCUAAUUAUUGGUAAAUGGGAUGUCGUAAACGCCCUCAACAUGGCCCGUAUUUUGAGAUGUUUUUAUGUGAUUUCGGGUUUGAAAAUAAAUUAUGCCAAAUCAAAUCUUAUGGGAGUGGGGGUGUCCAAAGAAGAGAUAGAGCAUAUGGCAAGUUGUAUUGGGUGUAGGCCAGCCGCUUUACCUUGCAUGUAUUUGCGAUUGCCUAUUGGUUCAAAUAUUAAUCGGAUGGCUAGUUGGGAUCCUGUUAUACAAGCGUUUGAUAAAAGGUUGUCGUUAUAG